AUGUGGCCUGCAUUAGUGGCUAAUAAGAUACUCAACAAGCGACUGGGAAGCAGUGAUUUUAUAACAGAUUAUCCAAAUUAUACAGAACCCUUGUUGGGUAUUACAAGUAAUGAUCAAUCAUCUCUGAGACCUAAGGCUAUUCUUAAUGAUCACAAGGACAUAGAAAAGUACAAGGUUUUUGUCAGCACAUGGAACGUAGGUGGGGUUGCACCAGAUGAAGGAUUGAAUAUAGAGAAUUUGUUGGAGAUAUGCAGCAACUCCUUUGACAUCUAUGUACUUGGGUUUCAAGAAAUUGUGCCUCUAAAAGCAUCAAAUGUGUUGGGAUCUGAAAAUAGUAAGAUUUCUAAGAAAUGGAAUUCCAUAAUCAGAGAAGCUUUGAACAAGAGGGCACAAGAUCAACGUGAUAAUAAAAAGCAACAGCUGAAGAAUGUUUAUCCCAAUAAAGAAGGAAAUCCAACUCAGCACACUAAAACCCCACAAGAUUUCCAGUGCAUCAUUAGCAAGCAAAUGGUUGGUAUAUUGAUAUCUGUCUGGGCUAGGAGAGACCUUAGUCCAUUCAUUCAACAUCCAAGUGUCUCAUGUGUAGGGUGUGGCAUCAUGGGCUGCUUAGGGAACAAGGGUUCUGUAUCUGUGAGAUUUAUGUUACAUGAAACAAGCUUCUGCUUUGUGUGCAGUCAUCUAGCUUCUGGAGGAAGAGAGGGCGAUGAGAAGCAUAGGAACUCUAAUGUUACUGAAAUAUUUUCUAGGACAAGCUUUCCUAAAGGCCCUAUGCUUGAUUUGCCAAGAAGGAUUCUCGAUCAUGACUGUGUAAUAUUUCUUGGAGAUUUAAAUUACAGAAUUUCUCUACCGGAAGAAACGACACGCUUGCUCAUUGAAAAAGGAGACUGGGAUUCCUUACUACAAAAUGAACAGCUAACGGUGGAGCUAAUGAGUGGAAGCAUGUUAAGUGGAUGGCAUGAAGGAGCAAUCACAUUCGCCCCAACCUACAAGUAUUUUCCAAAUUCAGAUCUGUACUAUGGAUGUUUUCAUCAUGGUAUAAAGGCAGAAAAGAAGCGAGCACCAGCAUGGUGUGACAGAAUAAUAUGGUUCGGAAAGGGUUUAAAGCAAACUCAGUAUGCUAGAAGUGAAUCAAAACUAUCGGACCACAGGCCUGUCAAGGCAUUGUUUACAGCAGAAGCAAGGGUUUCAGCAGCAUUGGAAAACUUUCAAAGCUUGUUUCUGUCAGAGAGAUUUGAAGAAAUUAAAACUCACUUUGAAUUUUCUCCCACUGAUGAGUAUGUAUGUAGAAAGCAAUUAAGUUUUCGGUUGUAA